CGGUUGGCAUCCCUUGGCAGACCCUUGGCACUCGGGUCUGCGAUUGAGGCUCCGUGGCCACCGAGGAGUACCAAGGAAAGCACGUGUCUGCAUUUGGAGAAUGCAAAGCCGGUGUGUUAACCAGUCAGGCAUUCCACCUGCCUAUGGGUCUUUGAGAACAUUAUAAUGUCCACUUGUGCCUCUUUUCACAAGGAGUUUUCUCAGCUGCUACCUGUUCAAGACAUGGAUAUAAAAAAUUCACCAUCGAGCCUUAAUUCUCCUGCUUCUUACAACUGUAGUCAGUCUAUCCUACCGCUGGAGCAUGGUUCCAUCUACAUCCCUUCCUCCUAUGUAGACAGCCGCCAUGAAUACUCAGCUAUGACAUUCUAUAGUCCUACUGUGAUGAACUACAGCGUUCCCAACAGUGGCAAUAACCCAGAAGGGGGGUCUGUUAGACAGACCGUGAGUCCAGGUGUGUUAUGGCCAACUCCUGGGCACCUCUCUCCUUUAGCCAUCCACUGCCAGUCGUCACUUCUGUAUGCAGAACCUCAGAAGAGUCCUUGGUGUGAAUCAAGAUCACUGGAACACCCCUUACCUGUGAACAGAGAGACACUGAAAAGGAAGGUUAGUGGGAGCAGUUGUGCCAGCCCCGUAACUAGUCCAAGUUCAAAGAGGGACGCUCACUUCUGUGCAGUCUGCAGUGACUAUGCAUCUGGGUAUCACUAUGGUGUCUGGUCAUGUGAAGGAUGCAAGGCCUUUUUCAAAAGAAGCAUUCAAGGACAUAAUGAUUAUAUUUGUCCAGCUACAAAUCAGUGUACCAUAGACAGGAACCGGCGUAAAAGCUGCCAGGCCUGCCGACUCCGGAAGUGCUAUGAAGUAGGAAUGGUCAAGUGUGGCUCCCGGAGGGAAAGGUGUGGGUACCGUGUAGUGCGAAGACAGAGAACCCCCGCUGAGCACCUGCACUGCCUAAGCAAAUCCAAGAAAAACAGUGGGCAUGUGCCCCGAGUGAAGGAGCUUCUACUGAGCGCCCUGAGCCCAGAGCAGCUGGUGCUCACUCUCCUGGAGGCAGAGCCACCCCAUGUGCUAGUGAGCCGCCCCAGCAUGCCCUUCACCGAGGCCUCCAUGAUGAUGUCCCUCACCAAGCUGGCUGAUAAGGAACUGGUGCACAUGAUCGGCUGGGCCAAGAAAAUCCCGGGCUUUGUGGAGCUCAGCUUGUUGGACCAAGUGCGGCUCUUGGAGAGCUGCUGGAUGGAGGUGUUAAUGGUGGGGCUGAUGUGGCGCUCCAUCGACCACCCUGGCAAGCUCAUCUUUGCUCCAGAUCUCGUUCUGGAUAGGUCAUCAGAAGACCCUCACUGGCACGUUGCGCAGAUGAAGAGCCCUGCCCCAAGGGAUGAGGGGAAAUGCGUAGAAGGAAUUCUGGAAAUCUUUGACAUGCUCCUGGCAACGACUUCAAGGUUUCGUGAGUUAAAACUCCAGCACAAAGAAUAUCUCUGUGUCAAGGCCAUGAUCCUCCUCAACUCCAGUAUGUACCCUUUGGCUACAGCAAGCCAGGAGGCAGAGAGCAGCCAGAAGCUGACCCACCUACUGAACUCUGUGACAGAUGCUCUGGUCUGGGUGAUCGCCAAGAGCGGCAUCUCUUCCCAGCAGCAGUCGGUUCGCCUGGCUAACCUCCUGAUGCUCCUCUCUCAUGUCAGGCACAUCAGUAACAAGGGCAUGGAACAUCUGCUCAGCAUGAAGUGUAAAAAUGUGGUCCCAGUUUAUGACCUGCUGCUGGAGAUGCUGAAUGCCCACACGCUUCGAGGGUACAAGUCCUCAGUCUCGGGGCCCGAGUGCAGCUCAGUGGAGGACAGUAAAAGCAAAGAAGGCUCCCAGAACACACAGCCCCAGUGACACCCAGGCCUGAGGUGAAGAGCAGACAGGAAGCUGAAGGUGGGACCAUGCAUGCCAGCAGGUUGUUAGCUAUGUGGGGCUUCAUCCUCCACUGAGUGGUCCUUCAUUUGGUUAUGGCUGCCUUGGGCAUAUACCCCCCCUUCCUCCACUUCCCACUUCCCAGGAAUCAGGGUGGGUGGGUCAUUGUUUUCCUUGUACCAGGGGAUACCUUUAUAUGUGGAGUUCCAACUUGUAUAGUCUUAGAAGGAUCUCAAUAUGAUCUCUUUCUUGCUUUCCAUCUCCUUCCUACCCCCUUGGAAAACACCUUAAAGGCUCUGGAAUGAAUGGUAGAAAUCUGACUUGGAAGGGUUGCCAUUAGACAGGGGAGACAAUGUGGCACAUUUGUAGUAAGUGGGCCAACCUUACUGUGUGACCGUAUAAUCAACCUUUGAAUCCUUUCUCUUGGACCACUUGAUUAUAAUCCACAAUAACAAUCAACUCAUUUCAUAUACCUACGUCACAGGCCUGUGAGGACUAAUGACAUGCUAAGUGUCAUUCAGUCAAAGACCCUAGGGACAGUGAUCAAGCUAAGAUUUGAGCCAUGUUCUUUUCCCAGAUUCUGUUGCUGUUGGCAGUUGCAUCCCUCUUGAUUUGCAUUUGUAGCGCCUGCUUAUUUGGUCUGGCGUGGACAGUUGCUUUCAUGGAGGAAGAUAGAAAUCUCUGCCCUGGAACUGGGCCUCCUUGAAGCUCUGCUGGCCCAGUGUGUAUGUGGCAGAAAGGCCCCGUGUUUGCAAGAAUGGAGUUUUAUCGUGUGUGUGUAUGUGUGUGUUGGGGGUGGUGGUCACAGCAUAGUGCUUCCCUUGGGCCUUGUGAAUGCAGUUUCUGUCCUAUGAAAAGGUUGACAGCCAAAACUGCCAUAUCAGCCACCCAUUGGAGAUAGGGAUACCUCAGGCUAUAGAUGUACAUGAUGUGCUGUUCUAUGAUGGAACCCCCACCCCCACCUCCAGCUUCAGGCCCACAUUGUGUGGAUUGGAUGGACAUAGCAUUUGAACAAGAAAAUAAGUUUUCUUUCCUUUCUUUUUCUUCCUUUCUUCCUUGUUUUUUCUUUUUAUGACACCUCCAAAAAGAAAAAUAUUUAGGGAUAAUUAUUUAUAGCAAAAUCCUUUUAUAUCUUAUAAGUCUCUUAAAAUAUUUUAUUAGAACAUUUAUAUGGUGGCUGGGUGAGGUAGAAACUUAGUAAAAAUAUUGGCACUUCCAAAAUUACAAUUUUAACAUUUUAGAAAGUGAAAUUUUCAGACAAAGUUUUAAGAACAUGGCACGUGCACAGAAUGUGUGGCAGCUUCAGUUUGGAAGAAAGCAAUUAAAUAAUCACACAGAUUUUCAUGCUGUUUUUAAAAGUGACUUGGUAAUAUGAUAUUAAAUAGACUCUUUGAAAAUAAUUUCCUUUGGUCAGUACAUCUUGUAUUUACUGAGUCAUUAGGAAGAUUACAUUUAAUGAGAGAACUUGAAUACUUAAUUUUGGUAUUGGUGCAGUCAUGCUAAAGUUCAGAGUAGCUGUAUCGGACUAACUCGGACACAGGUGUAUGGAACACACAGAUGCUGGGAUUCUGAGGCAGUUUGAAAUUUUUCAUGGCUCCAUGCUACAGCCCGAGAGAUUCAGUGCAGAAAACAUCAGUUUUUCUGUAGCUUGAGCUUAUUCAAAGUAGGGAACCAGUGUUAUUCACAAGGUCAGUUUUCUUUCUCCAGCCUAGUCUCCCAUGUAAACAGAGGUAGGGGAGGUUGGAGAGCAGGAAGAGGGAGGCAAAGGCAACCUUGAAAAAUUGUCAGUGAAAUUCUAUUUACAAAAAUUUUAAGAGACUGUCAGAUAAGAAAAACAAAAGGAAAAAUCAGAAUGAGUUUCAAGUCGUUGUCUAAUGAGUACACAGUGAGGGUUUUGGUUGGAUUUUGAUACCUAAGGAAGGGAUCAGUUUAAAUUCAGGGGGUCACACACUUUUGUGUCAAGUCCUAUGUGUGCGUAGAUAAGUGCAAGUUUCAGUGAUCAGGAGGUAGCCUUGAACUCUCAGUUCUCCAUUCCUUAGCCUGCCAGGAGCUGAGAUGGUAGGCAUGUGCCACCACACCUAGCACAUUAGUUAUUUUCCACACGUUCUCCUGCUUCCUUCUCAGGGCUGCUUAUUUCUCGGCAUUUGGUUUCAGUCCAGGAGAAUGUAGCAUGCUGUGCCAUUUCUUUUUGGCUCAGAUCUCUGGAUAUGCUAGGGACACAGGUUAGCCCUACCUGAGGCUUCUUGGGGACUUGUUUUUGAUUAGGCUCUAAGGCAAGUGGGUGGUUGAGAUAAUACAAUCUACACUUUGAGCACCCUUUCAGGUAACGUGCUAAUAUCUUUGCCCAUAAGGAGACUUGAUUUUGUUUUCAAUAUGUUGAAAAAACCCUCCAUGUCCAUUUUAAAGGUGGCUCAUUUCUCUUUAGUUCAUAGUGGUUUCCUUUAAAUGUUAUCUUUUGGGGGGCAACUAUUCUUCCCAAAUAGUUCACGUUUUUUUAGGACAAUUUGAGUUCUCUCAUAGCUAAGCAUGA